AUGGCCCGUCCUUUGACGCAGCAUCCAUCCUCUGCUCUCAAUUUCGGAUUUGCCUCCCGUGGUCCUCCCUUAGGUUUUGAUUUUGCUCUUUCAUCCCCUUCCUCUCAAACAUUCACAUCUUGUUCUGCUACAGCCGCGAUACCUCAUUAUACAUUCGGUUCGACGCACAGAUCUCCAAGUCCUCAUAAAAGUCCUUUGUCCCGUCGACGAGAUCAUCCAGGUUCAUUACCACCUACAUCACAAUUCAUAGGAUCAAAUUCCAAACGAAAUCUCAAACGUUCGAGAAGACAAUCCGCCUCGUCUGCAUCAGGUUCGAAUUCCGCCACUUCUUCUCCUACAUUGACAAGGAGAGAAUUGACGGGCGAAUCAAAGAAAAUCGAAUUGGGUAGUAUUGCCAAAUUAGGAAUCGGAGAACCUCGUAGAAAAAUGAUCAAAAGAAAUCAAACGAAUACGAAUGUAAUUCCUACCAUCACUGAAAACAAUGAGGUUAAUAGAGAAGAUGUAGAUAUGGGUGUCAUGCUUGCUUCUUUACCACCUCCUUAUCAUCUUCGUAUCUUACUUCAAUUACUUCAAAAUGAUCCAUCAUUGUCAGCUACCGUUAUGCCUCUGCUGCCAUUACCGGAAUUACAAGAUUGCGAGGAUCAAUUGGAGAACGCUGUAGAUGGGAUCAAACGAUUGUUAUUACCUUUUCCCGGGUCGGCAACCUCGGCUUCUGAGCGAGAAUGGCGUAGGGUGAUUGAUAAAGUUGAUUAUUUCUGUCGCAUGUGCACGACUUACCUCGAAAUCUUCACCAAACACUCCCCUACCGGUCUCGAAAAGACAUACGAUAUCCUUGCUCUACUCUCUUCCUCUUUCCUUCAGGUCCUUUCCCUAUCCCCUCCUCCACCCUCUCACGCACAAUCACCUUCAACCCCAAUUGAACGAUUCGGUCUCUCUCUCAUCCGCGCCUGGUCAACUUGGGUUUCGAACCUGAGCGAAAAUGUCAAUCGACGAGGAGGCAUGUUCCCCCAUUCCACCGUCUCUGGCUGGCUCGGAACUUUGGACACCUUGGCAGGUCAACAUGCUGUCAAUUCAUGGUCCUCGGGAGCGGGUACCAUUCCUGUCGUUCCGGGUAUAGGACAUCCGACAGUGAGAGCGUUCAGAGAAGCGAUGGAACCCAUCAGACAAAAGUUCAUCACGGAUCUAGGGUGGUUAGCUGGGAGGUGA